UUCCUACUUCUCUCUGUAGCAAUCAGUGAUCUAUUUAAUGGAAGCUUCGUUCCUACUCAACAACACAUAACCUUAACAAAAAGCUGAAAUGGAUUUUGUUCCAAAUUACAUGAAUUCCACUACCAUUGGACUUCUCUCUCUAAUCCUCUUCUGUUUAUUUCUGUACAAUCCCUUCAAAUAUUUUCAAGGUAAAGAGGCUCCCACAGUUGCAGGAGCAUGGCCAAUUCUUGGUCACCUUCCACUCUUGAGGGGUCCAAACACACCCCACAGAACUUUGGCUGCUCUGGCUGAACAAUAUGGACCCAUCUUCACCAUCAAACUCGGUUCCAAAAAGGCUUUGGUAAUCAACAACUGGGAAAUAGCAAAGGAAUGUUUCACCACAAACGACAUGGUGGUUUCCUCUCGGCCCAGGCUUGUCGCAAUAGAACUCAUGGGCUAUAACCAUGCCAUGUUUGGGUUUGCACCCUACGGUCCCUAUUGGCGCGAGCUGCGAAAGAUUACAACUUUAGAGAUCCUUACCCCACGUCGAGUGGAGCAACUGCAGCAUGUUCGUGUCUCAGAACUUCAAAGCUCGAUCAAAGAGUUGUAUAAUCUUUGGUGUAGUAAAAAAGGUGAGUCUGGGUAUGCCUCGGUGGAGCUGAAGCAAUGGCUUUCUCACUUGACAUAUAACAUGGUUCUUCGAAUGGUGGUGGGGAAGAGAUUUUUUGGCUGUGAGAACGUGAAAGAUGAGAAGGCACAGAGAUGUGUGAGGGCUGUGGAGGAGUUUAUGCGUCUGGUAGGGGUGUUCGCAGUGGGAGAUGCUAUUCCUUGGUUGAGAUGGUUUGAUUUCGGAGGCCAUGAGAAGGCAAUGAAAGAAACUGCCAAAGAUUUGGAUAGUGUUUUAGGUGAAGAGUUGGAGGAACAUAGACAAAAGAAAAAGAAGGAUUUGGGUGAAAAGGUUGAUGAAUUUCAAGAUUUCAUGGAUGUGAUGAUUUCCAUUCUUGAUGGAAGAACUAUUGAUGGGGUUGGUGCAGAUACCAUGAUCAAAUCCACUGUGCUGGGAGUGAUUGCAGGAGGGAGUGACACAAGUAGUACUGUUCUUACGUGGGCAAUGUAUUCGAUUUUGAGAAAUCCUUUGGUAUUGGAAAAAGUACAAGCUGAACUAGACAUUCAUGUUGGUAAAGAGAGAUGUGUAUGUGAGUCUGAUAUAAGUAAGUUAACAUACAUUCAUGCCGUAGUCAAAGAAACAUUAAGAUUAUAUCCUCCUGCUCCUCUCUUGCCACUUCGUGAAUUUACAGAUAAUUGUACUAUAAGUGGUUAUACCAUAACAAAAGGAACUCGUCUAAUCACAAAUCUUUGGAAGAUUCAAACAGAUAGCAAGGUUUGGGAAGAUCCAUUAGAGUUCAAACCAGAAAGGUUUCUAACAACUCAUAAAGACAUUGAUAUCAAAGGUCAUCAUUUUGAAUUAUUACCAUUUGGAGGUGGUAGAAGAAUAUGUCCUGGAAUAUCCUUUGGACUUCAAAUGGUGCAUUUUAUACUUGCUACUUUUUUGCAUUCUUUCGAAAUUUUAAGUUCAUGGCCUAAUCCUACUGAUAUGACUGAAACAUCUGAAUCUAGUACCACUAGAGCUAUUCCCAUUAAAAUUCUUAUUAAACCACGUCUAUCUUUUAGUUACUAUGAAAACGACACGUCUUUAUAUUAACUACGUAGCCAUGUCGCAUUUUCAUUCGAAGUACUUUCUUUUUACUUAAUUCAAUGUACUUCUAUAUGUAUAA